AUGGUUCAGCGAUCUCUUCUGCAAAGGAAUGCGUUGGAAGCAGUGGAUCUCUACUGUCGAAAAGCCAAUGCUCGCACUUUAAAGCGAUUGGCGCUAUUUAUUGGGGCAGCGCAGGGAACGAAUAAGUCCACCAGUAGGGAAAAUAUACUGUUCCAAGCCGCAUUUUUGGAGGAGCUACGGAAACGGAAAGAGCAGAAUAAUGUAGUCUCGGUACUCGCGAUUGAUGCUGGCAUUGCUAAUUUUGCCUUUGCCCGAUUCUCAUGGGCUAGCGAUCAGAAACUACCAUUGUUGCUAGAUUGGAAUAAGAUUCAGCUCAAAGAAAAAUUUAUGCCAGAAAAUCGCUACACUAUGACAUUGAACCCAAGGGAUACUUCCGAUGUGAUAUACAACCUAACUGAGUACCUAACCACUGAGUUGCCUGUACCGGAUGCCUUCACAAUCGAAAGGCAAAGAGCGAGAUCGAUGUCAUCAAAGACUAUUUUGGAGCCGAUCUUGAAGGUUAAUAUCCUGGAGCAGGUUCUCUUUUCAAAUCUUGAAAAUAAGAUAAGGUUCAACCAGGGAUUACCAAAACUAAACUACAUGGUAGCAUCGUCCGAUCCUCAAAGAAUGACUUCUUAUUGGUGCAGCCUCACGCCGACAAGGAAGGCGCUCUCUCAAAACUUCCCGGAAGAUUCUGAGGAAUCAAAGCUCAAAAUGAACUCGAACAGACUAUCCAAGUCGAUCAAAAUAAACCUUGUGAAAAGACUGCUAGAGGGUGCCGUGGGUCUCACCGAUGAAAAACUGAUUACGUUGACGCCAGACUGGAGCCAAAGGUUAAAAUCCCACAUACUUGGGAAUCGCAAGUUCAAGCUCUGGGAUUGUGCCGGCUUGGGGCCCAAAGCGGGAGCGAGGAAAGACGACGACUUGGCUGACGCGUUCUUGCAUGGACUGGCAUGGAUGGAGUGGCUCAGGGCGUAUGAGGAAGUUCGCAACAUAGUCCUGAAAGAAAAGGGCAAGUACGAUCAAAACGUGCUAGCUGACUUCAACGAGUAUUGCAAGAAGAAGAAGGUAGCGCUUGAAAAAUUCCAAGAAGGUACCAGUAACAGACUUACGGAAUUAGAGCCUCCCGAAGAAGAUGAUUACGAAUAG